AUGAAUCGAGAACACACUGAAGAGUGCAACAAGGACGUGUCAAUUAUCAAGGCAAAGGAAAAUCAAGCAGUUUUGUCGAUGGCUCAACGUGAGGGAAACUUAUACAAGGUCAUGUUUCGUCAACCAACUGAGAAUACCAGUCUGAUUGCAACUUCAAUUGUCACUUGGCAUGAGAGGCUUGCACAUCAGAACCUGAAGGAAAUUUUGAAGAAAAAUAACAUCAAGUUUAUAAAUGGCUGGAACAACCAAGUUUGCAACGCAUGUGCUUUGGGCAAGCAGCACCGAGUUACACACCCUGAGAAUGACAAAACAGCUGUUCAACUAUUGGACUUAGUUCACGUAGAUCUUGGAGAAUCGGAGGAGCGAAGUACUUUCUGA